AUGCUUAAGAUUCUCCAACCCUUUUCGGACAUUAUACGAGAUCUGCCGGCAGGCUUCUUGAUCCUUGGGGCCAUUGCCUUCGUAGCCUCCUUCCCACCCUUUUUCGGCCAUGAGAUCAUUGCUGUAUUGUGCGGUGCGGCCUACGGUCUAUGGGUAGGGUUUGCGAUCAUGGCGGUCAGUACGAUACUUGGCGAAGUCGGCACAUGGCUGUUAUUUCAGAGAUCCUUCAAACGACGAUCUUUAACACUCGAAUGCACGAGCCUUAAAUAUGGCUCGCUGACCCGCAUAGUCCGCGAAGGCGGUUUCUUGCUCGUCCUUUUCACUCGCCUCUCCGCGAUACCACCGCACUUCUCGACCGCAUUCCUCUCGACCUGCAACAUCAGGUUCUGGCAGUUUACGCUUACAGCGGCCUUGACGCUGCCGAAGCAACUUGCUCUCGUCUACCUCGGCUCUCUG